AUGCGCAUUGCGCACCCUGUCCGCCCUCUCAUAUCAUUCACCUUCAAUUUCUCUUCCUCUCCAUUUACAAAAUAUCUUUCUAUUCUGUCUCUGACUACUGAAACAACCGAGAGACGACGACCUGUCGUUCAAUUUCCAAUGGUGGAGACAGAGGAUGUUUCGACGACGGCGAUUGAGGACGACGCUGCCAAGUACGGCUUCACUCGAUCGGAGAUGCACAAGUCCAACCUCGCGGGAACUGUUGAUCCGUACGGACGACAUGUGUUCCUUUGCUUCAAGAACCCUGACGCGUGGCUCCCUCGUGUCGAGGAAGAUGAUCUACCGAAACUUCUCUCCUCCGCUUUCAAAGCUCGAAAAGACGACAUCAAUGUUAAGACGAAGGUGACGAUAUGCGAAGGAGGAGAAGGAAGCGAGUUUGAGAACGGAGAUGUUUUGAUAUUUCCUGAGAUGAUUAAAUACAAGGGUUUGAAGGACUCUGAUGUCGAUGGUUUUGUUGAUGAUGUGCUUGUGAAUGGCAAACCAUGGGCCUCUGGGGUGCAGGAGGUGUUGACAGGUUCACAUGUUUUUGUGUGUGCUCAUGGUAGUCGUGAUAAGAGAUGUGGUGUUUGUGGACCAGUUCUUAUUGAAAAGCUCAAAGGGGGAUUGAGUCUCGAGGGUUGA